ACAUUAAACAGAAGGCUCAUAUUACCUCACAAUGGGUGCCGAAUUUACAGUUUGGAAAUAUCGUUCUGUGUUUUCUUUGAUAGUUUUAGGGGUAGUUACCUGUAGGACCCAAAUCGGAUCUGCCGUCCCAGUGCAAAAUGAAGCACCUCUUACUAAAAUGUACCCCAGAGGCAGCCACUGGGCUGUAGGUCAUUUGAUGGGGAAGAAGAGCAUUGGCUUGCCUUUUGGUUAUGAUGAUGAUGACAAGAUGAUCUACUUAUCUGCACCAGAAGAAGUCAAACAGCUUGAAGGAUACUUGCAGUGGUCUGAACUUGUCAAAAACUUAAUAAGGUUGUUGGAUGUGAACGACAGCCGGCAUGCUGAGCUUUUAAGACAAGAGAUUCUGUUCAAUAGAAAGAAACAGUGGGAGGCAGCAGACCACCACCAAAAUAACAACUUAAAGGAGGUGACAGACUACAUGCUGAAGAUUCUGAAUGUGAAAGACAAUAACCCAAGUUGA